GGUUUGGGUAUUUUCGUUUGGGUUGGUUUGUUCGUUUAGCGGAGAGCUCGGUAAAACCGCACAGCAGGGAUGCGGGGCGUUUGUCCGUCUGGCGGUGGAAGCAGAUAGUGUUAUCUUGCAAUUCCUGUAGAAGGGCCGUGCUGGAAACACGCAAGCUCUGGUGUAAACUCCUCCAUGUUUUGUGUCUGCGCAGUGUUUGUAACACCACUGCUGGGCUGCUGCCCUGGUUGCUGAGGGCAGAUGCACGAGUGCCUGUAUCUGAAACUCCUUGAGGAAACAAGCUAGGAGCUGCCAAAUCCAAAAGUCCUGCUGCAAGCGAGCAAAAGGAAGCAGGACUGAGCUGGCUACGACCAUGGAGAACCUGCGUAAUGCCAACAGCAGAUUCGCACUUGAUCUGCUCAGAAGGUUUAAUGAGACCAACCCAACAGGAAACAUUUUCUUCUCUCCUGUCAGUGUCUCUGCUGCUUUGGCCAUGGUCCUUCUAGGGGCCAAAGGUAAUACAGAGGCCCAGGUGCUGAAGACGCUUCAUUUUGACAAAGUUGAAGAUAUUCACUCGAGAUUCCACGCUCUGACUACGGAUAUAAACAGGAGCAAUGCUCCCUAUCUCUUACGGCUUGCCAAUCGGCUUUUUGGAGAGAAGUCCUACAGCUUCUUGCCGAGUUUCCUGACUAAUACUCAGAAAUUAUAUGGAGCUGAUUUGGCUGCAGUUGACUUCCUUCAUGCUUGUGAUGAAGCCAGGAAAGAAGUUAACAAGUGGGUAGAGGAGAAAACUGAAGGUAAAAUCCCUAAUCUGCUGUCUGAAGGCUCAGUUGAUAACACGACCAGGCUCAUACUGGUGAAUGCUAUUUAUUUCAAAGGAAGCUGGGCAGAGAAAUUUAGAGAAGCUGACACCACUGACAUGCCAUUUCGCUUAAAUAAGACUGAAAGAAAGACAGUGAAAAUGAUGUAUCAGAAAAAUAAAUUUUGUUUUGGGUACAUCCCUGAAGUUAAGAUCCGUGUUUUAGAGCUGCCUUAUGAUGGAAGAGAACUUAGCAUGAUCAUCCUGUUACCUGAUGACAUUGAAGAUGACUCCACUGGACUGCAGAAGCUGGAAAAGCAGCUUACCUUAGAGAAACUCCAGGAAUGGACAUGUCCAGAGCAUCUAUAUUCCACUGACGUUCAUGUGCGUUUGCCAAAGUUUAAGCUAGAGGAAAGCUAUGACCUUACAUCAGAUUUAGCUGCUAUGGGCCUGUUGGAUGUAUUUGACAGUGGCAAGGCUAACUUGUCUGGAAUGUCAGGGGCACGUGACCUCUUUCUCUCUAAAAUUGUCCACAAGGCUUUUGUAGAAGUGAAUGAGGAAGGCACGGAAGCUGCAGCUGCUACUGCUGGCAUUGCUAUGCUCUGCAUGGUGAUGGAAGAAGAUUUCAACGCUGACCAUCCUUUCCUUUUCUUUAUUCGCCACAACCCAACGCAAAGCAUACUUUUCUUUGGCAGAUAUACUUCUCCAUAAAAGAGAACUUAGCAUUUGCAGACCAGUUCCUUCUGUAGUUAAUAAAAGCUUUGCUCCUGAAUGGGUUGGAUGUAGAAAGUUUGUAUGUAGAAAGUUAAUGCUCCUGUUCCUAGUAACUUUGACUGAAAUUCUGCCUUUCCCGUUAAUACAAUCCCAGAGAAACUGAGGGGUAUUUUAUUUUUCUUUCUUGAGAUUGACACUGUCUUUAAUAACUAGGAAAAUCUUAGCUGCAGCAGAAGAAAUCUUUUGAAAUUUGACUAGAAAUACUCUUGGAAGGAUCUUUGUCUUUCAAAGCACAGGACCACCCUGCAUGCAUCCUUGCAUGGGUUUCUGUGUGUUGACAGCCCCAUGUUGUAGUAACUUAAAAUAAUCCAGUCAUUUCUUGUGCACAUAUACUAGGAUGUUCUUGCAAAGCUAUUCCUCCCCUGAAGUCUUGCUUUUCAAAAAUACCUGAACAAAAUACUCCCAGGCACCAAAAGGCAUGUUCCUGAACAGCUGAGUUUACCCAGUUCUGUCGUGAAAUAGAAGGUCAGAUAACAUUUGUUUAGAGACAUCUAUUAAUAGAGAAAGGAUUAAGCUAUUUAAACAAAACUAACCCCUUGCAGUUAUUAGCCAAAAAACUUGCAACACAGCUUUUGAAUGAGGAGGAUAAAUGAGUAACAACUUCAGGUGACAUGCUUAAAGAGAUUUUUAAAAUGUAUAGUGUGGUGCCAUUUUAGUUACUGAAAACGUGAAAAUGUGUCGGGGCUUAAGAGGUUUUGGGUGCUAGAAGCUAAUGGGUGCCUUUCUGCAUGUUCAGGAGCUUUCAAUACAACACUAGAUGCUGGCCACACAGCUUUGCAGAGGAUGACUGUGUAUAAUCUGCAGUAAAUGUCUGAUACGUCUCUUUAUCUACAAGGAUUCGACAUUUAUUGAGCUGACUUCCAUUGAGUUUUACAACUGUAACACAACUAUACAACAGCCAUAUGCCUGGGAGCCACUGUAAUUACAUACUGGUAGUGUUCUGUGUUUAUUUCUGGAGGUUAUUUGCUUGUAUCGUGUAUGUCUUGGGUACCGUAAUGUUUACCUGUACAACCUUAGUUUGAAGUGGGCCACAAUAAUUUGUUGAAUUAAAAGCUGUAUAUGCUUUUUGUCUUUCUUCAAACAACAAAUAA